GAGGAUUGUGCAUUCAUCCACUCAGUUCUUACUAGUUGAUCAUCGAGUGCGAAUCGUUCUGUCCUCAUUGCAAAAUGAAUAAUAUUUUCAAGUCAACCAUUUUCGAUGAGAAGACCAAAAUAUGGAGAGGAAGUCACAGACCUAUAAUAUUCGAUCCAUCCAUUUCUCUGGGAAGAGCUAUUCUAUUUGUUCUCAACAGAAAUCCGGACUUUGUGGCUCAGAUCAGUGACAAUAGCGGAGUUCGGAAGACAAACAGAGAGAUUCACGACGCAACCCUGAAAAUCGCGGUGAAUCUGCAGAAGAUCGGCUGCGCCAGAGGCGAUGUUGUGGGAUUUGUGUGCAGGAAUCAUGAAAAUCUCGCUCCAGCGGUUUUAGCAUCAUAUCUCAUUGCAGCUCCAGUGAAUGCUCUUGAUUUCAUGUUCUCAAAAGAUGAGAUAAUCCACAUGUUUGGAAUUACGCGUCCCAAAUUUGUGUUCUGCGAAAAGGAUAAGUUUAAUGUCCUGAAAGAUGCGCUGAAUGUACUGAAGAGCGACGCUAAAAUCAUACUGAUGGACGAGAAAGUGAGUGGUUUUCUGCACAUGGAGAAUUUGCUUGAGGAAUCUGCUGACUUGGAAGAUUUCUGUCCUCCUGACGUGGAUGACAAGACGUGUGCAGUAAUUUUGUGCUCUUCAGGCACAACAGGAAUGCCCAAAGGAGUCUCGUUAACACACAGGCAUCUUCAGUUCGUUGGAAGCUACGGUUUCUUUGAUGAUGUGCUGACGCCUUGCUCAAUGAUUUGCUUCAGUUCUCUCUAUUGGUACUCUGGCUUAGCAACGCUUCUAACGACUAGUCUUAUGGGAAUCACGCGCAUCAUUACAACUGAUCCGUACACGCCAGAUCUCUUCUACUCCAUGCUGACGAAAUAUCGCCCUGAAUUCAUAUUUUCCGCCCCCGUUCAGCUGUCUGACAUCCUCAGUCAUCAGCUCUUGGACGAAAACACUUUGCAGUCCGUCAAGUGCUACAUCUGCGCUGGAAGUACUGUCCAUGAGCCACUCUGGGAGAAGGCCAAGAAGUACUUGACAAAUGGAGACAUUUACAACGGCUAUGGAAUGUCUGAAGUCGGCUUUAUUUCUCGUGAGCCUGUAAAAACGCCCAGAUAUUCCGUGGGAAAGCUAAUAGCCGGACUUGAGAUGAAAAUUAUCGAUGAGAAUGGUGAACAAUUGGGAAUUGGACAAGAAGGAGAGUUUUGCAUGAGGACAAAAGAUAUGUUUCUGUGCUAUUACAACAAUCCUGAGGAAACAGUCAAGAUCUUGGACAAAGAUGGAUGGGUUCACAGCGGAGAUGUUGGAUAUCUCGAUGAAGAUGGACUCCUGCACAUUAUCGGGCGAAAUAAGGACAUCCUGAAAUACAAUAACUAUGUCGUGUCUCCUGUGGAAGUUGAAAACUUGAUCCUGACAAUUCCCGGAGUUCUUCAGGUAUCCGUUGUGGGUGUUCCUCAUCCGACUCACAUUGAUCUCCCAGCAGCUGUAGUUGUUCGCAAGAUGGACUCUUCUGUCACUGAAGCAGAGAUCUGUUCUGUAGUCGAGAAGAGAUUGAGUGACUCGAAACGCCUACGCGGUGGAGUUUACUUUGUCGACAGUCUUCCUUUGACCCCAUCUGGGAAAGUUAGGAAGAAUAUCGUGAAGGAAAUGGCUAAGAAAUUCUACAAUGAGAGAAAUGUCUAAAAUUUCAACGUAAAUAUAUGAAACUAGCAAAAAUCUUGUGAAAAAAAUAACUAAAAAAAUGUUGUAAUAACAAUAACGACAUAUGAUCAUUUAGCA